AUGGACAUCCUCUCCGAAGCUAGUGGGCCCGCCGUGGCCAUGGCAUCGGCGCUGGCUGUUGGCGCAGGUGCCUACCUGAAUGCAAAGCUUGCGAUCUCAACGGAUUUGACAGCAAUUUCUAAUGACCGCGCCUUUGGCAAGCGACUGGGCGAGCGUAUCGGCAGUCUCGGCGAGUCAGCUACUAUUUACAAACUUCUUCAGCGAGUUGUUGAUGUGGAGGGGCACGGUGCGGCUGAUGCGCUCUGGUUUGAACAUCAAACCUGGUCAUACAACCAGAUCAAGGAUUCUGUUGAUCGAUUGGCGGCUUUGCUUCAUGCUCGAGAUAUCAAGGCGGGUGAUUUCGUGGGUGUUUUCACGACUAAUUCACCUGAAAUGGUCAUUAUCCUCUAUGCGCUGGCCAAGUUGGGUGCUGUGGCCGCCAUGAUCAACACUAAUCUGCGGGAUGACACUUUCAUCCACUGUCUCAACGUCUCCGACUCAAAAUCCAUCAUCUCAACACCCGAUCUUUCCCAAUUCGUUUGCGCUGAUCUACCACACAUCGCUUUCAACCUCUCGUCCUUCAAGGGCGUCUCGGCUGGACCAGUCGAACUUAUCACAGCAUCAGAUUUGCACCAAUAUUCACCAUCAGGACUGGCGCCUGCCAAACGCACACCCAAAGAUUUGACCGCCCUGAUCUACACCUCCGGCACGACUGGAAAGCCCAAGGCCUGCGCUGUCCGGAACAUGAUGGCCCUGGUCACUUCUACCCCCCUUUCAACAGACGCGAAGAACCCGUCCAAGUACUACCCCCUCCGCACAUAUUCAUCCCUCCCCCUCUUCCACGGCACAGCCUUCUUUACUGGACUGUGUUAUUCGGUCGGUAAUGCCGGCACGCUCUGCCUGAGACGUAAAUUCUCAGCCUCCCAGUUCUGGAAGGAUGUGCAUGAUUCAAAGGCUACGCGUAUUUUGUACAUCGGCGAGUUGUGCCGGUAUCUACUCUCCACACCUCCGUCACCAUACGACCGCAACCACAACUGCAUCGCCGCAUCGGGUAACGGACUCCGCGGCGAGAUUUGGGAGAAGUUCCGUGAGCGAUUCGGUGUGCCAGAGAUACGCGAGUUCUAUCGUUCCACAGAGGGAAUCGCUAAAUUCGAUAAUCACGGUGUUGGAGCCUGGGGUGCUGGCAAGGUUGGCUUCUCAGGUCCGAUUCGUCGAUUCCUCGAGGACGACACUUUUAUUGUGAAGUAUGAUACGGAGACGGAGAUGCCUUUCCGUGAUCCAGGGACUGGAUUCUGUGUUCGUGCGAGGUUGGGUGAGGAGGGUGAGGCGAUUGGUCGUGUGCGGGAUCGUGGUCUGUUGACUGAGUAUCUGCGUAAUGAGGAUGCUACUGAGGGCAAGUUGCUGCGUGAUGUGUUCCAGAAGGGGGAUCUUUUCCAACGCACGGGUGAUCUGGUUGUUCAGGAUCACUCAGGUUGGAUUAAGUUCCAAGAUCGCGUUGGUGAUACUUUCCGCUGGAAGGGCGAGAAUGUUAGUGCGGGUGAGAUUCGGGAUCAUAUCUGCCGGAUUGAGGGUAUUCAUGAUGCUGUGGUAUAUGGAGUCAAGCUUGCUGGUUACGACGGCCAAGCCGGUGCUGCUGGCAUCACCCUUGAAGAGCACUCCCCCGCCUUUGAGAUCGAAUUCAUCUCGAACUUGUACAAGGAGCUAAAGAAGAAAGGCGUUCCCUCUUAUGCAUUCCCCCGUCUAGUUCGGAUCACCGAGAAGGUCGCCACUGGCGUGACUUUCAAACAAGCAAAGGGCGAUCUCGUUAAGAAGGGAUGGGAUCCCCGUAAGGACUGGGGCGGCGAUACCCUGUACUGGCUUAAUGGGACCAAGUACGAGAAACUGAAUGACCAGAGUUGGUCACAGAUCGAGGGAGGUAGGGCCAAGCUGUGA